CAUCGGAUGUAGGAGAUCAUAUGUACAUCAUUGCCAUUCCCUACUUAUAUCCCAUUACAUGAGAUGAAAAUUAUUCAGUAUAUUGAUCGCUGUUUAUCUGCCAUGAUGUCCGUAGCAGCAGCCAGCUCGAGGCAGGGCAAAAAGUACGCCGAGGGCACGCAGCCCUUCACGGUACUGAUCGAGGGCAACAUCGGCAGCGGCAAGACCACGUAUUUGAACCACUUUGAGAAGUACAGGGACGAGAUCUGCCUGCUCACUGAGCCUGUGGAGAAGUGGCGCAACGUAAACGGUGUGAAUCUGCUAGAGCGGAUGUACAAGGAACCCAAGAAGUGGGCAAUGCCCUUUCAGUCUUAUGUCACGCUAACCAUGCUGCAGGCACACACAGCGCCCACCGACAAGAAGCUAAAAAUAAUGGAGCGCUCCAUUUUUAGCUCCCGGUACUGCUUUGUGGAGAACAUGCACCGCAAUGGUUCGCUGGAGACGGGCAUGUACAACACUCUGCAGGAAUGGUACAAGUUCAUUGAAGAGUCCAUACAUGUUCAGGCCGAUCUCAUUAUCUACUUGCGAACGUCCCCGGAAGUGGCGCAUGAACGCAUUCGACAACGUGCCCGCUCCGAAGAGAGCUGUGUGCCGCUCAAGUAUCUCCAGGAGCUGCACGAACUGCACGAGGAUUGGCUCAUACAUAACCGCCGGAAUCAGGCCUGCAAGGUGUUGGUGCUGGACGCCGACUUGACUCUGGAGAACAUUAGCAGCGAGUACCAGCGUUCGGAGUCGAGUAUAUUCGAUGCUAUCUCGGGCACGCAUCAGCCGCCUCAAGUACUAGUCUCGCCCAGCAAACGCCAACGAAUGUCCAGAUAACCAAUGAUCUGAUCGGUGAUUUUUACUUUAGUAAUGACGAUGUUGUCAGGCAAUGGAGGGGAAAUCCCCAAUAUAACUUAAUAGAACACUUGCAUCCUAUGAUAAACACCUACAAUAACAAUUAUAAUCACAUUAUAUUCUAAUCUUCUACUAUAGCACAUAUGUAAGUCCAAAAGUGUAAUAAAAGCGUAUAUGUCUUUCGAUCUGUGGCAAAAUUA